AUGGUGUCGAGCCAUGCCCCACACCCCAAGCUGUCACCCUCCCGCUCCGACCCCACACUCGGUCCUAUUCCAGAUGUUGGCAAAGGAGAGGGAGAGGAAGAGGAGGAGGAGGAUGGCGUGGGGCCUUGUCCGCCGGUCGCCCCGAAGAACUGCCUUCUCCAGCGGGGCAUCAGUGUCCUGGAGAAGCUCAUCAAGACGUGCCCUGUGUGGCUGCAGCUCAGUCUGGGCCGGGCGGAGGCAGCCAGGAUCCUGCUGCAGGAGGCGGCUGGGACGUUCCUGGUCCGUCGGGACAGCGGCUUGAAGCACCUGGUGCUCUGUGUCCACUUCCCUUCCCUCAAAGAGGGCUCGUCCGAGGUGCUCGAAUACACCGUUAAAGAAGAAAAAUCGAUAUUGUACCUGGAAGGCUCAGUUCUUGUGUUUGAGGACAUCUUCAGACUGAUCGCAUUCUACUGUGUCAGUAGAGAUUUGCUGCCCUUCACGCUAAGGCUGCCCCAGGCCAUCCUUGAGGCCAGCAGCUUCACAGACCUCGAGACCAUCUCCAACCUGGGCCUGGGCUUCUGGGACUCCUCACUGAACCCCCGGCGAGGUGGUGGGAGCCCCACGGAGCCCCCAAGAGACCCAGCCCCGGGAGCACCCCCAGCCUCCAGCCUCAGGUCCAGCGCCCAUUACGAGAACUGCUCGUGUGAAAUUGAGCUGUCCAUAGGAAAUGACCGCCUGUGGUUUGUGAAUCCGAUUUUCAUCGAGGACUGUGGCGGCAGUGCCCUGCCUGCCGACCAGCCACCCCCUGGAAGCUGCCCCUCGCGCCUGCUGCCUCCCACCUCCUUUGCUACCUCACCCACCUCCAAGUGGGCCCCUCGCCGCCCAGCACCCCCUCCCCCGGCACCCCUGCUCCAACCCUCUGGCCCGCUCCGGCCUCCUCCACCCCCCUCUCCUGUUCUGGCCUGUCCUUUGCCCAGUACCCGCCCAGUGGCUGCUCCCCUGCCUCCAGAGGCCCUUCCUCCCACACCCCCGGUGUCCGCCCCCCGUCUAGCACCCCAUGCCCCAGGCCCCCCCGACCAUCCAAGCCAGCCACCCAUGGCAGCCUGUGAGAGGCUUUCACAGCCCACAGGCCUGGGCCCCCUCAGGGAGGAAGAGAUGAAGUCAGGGGCAUCUCCUGGCCCCUUGCCACAGACCCCUGCCCCUCCAGUCCCAGGGAAGAAGAACUUCCCUGCUGCUCCUCCCAGACGCCGCAUCUCUGAGAAGGUCUCCCUGGAGCACCAGAGCGCAGGGCAAGUGGACAGGGGGAUGGCCGCAGAGGGGGACCAGCUAGGUCUUUCCAGGGCAUCCCCGCUCAGCCUGCCUCCCCAGGGGACCUCAGACAGUCCUGGGGACAGGCCUCAGAGGACAACAGAGCAAGGUCAGGAAGCAGCGGCCAAAGCCAGUGAGCCGGGCAGCCUGCCAGAGCCGCCGAGGAAGAUCCGACAACCCCCAAUCCCGCCCCCCAGGAGGAAACGGAUCUCCCGACAGCUGGCCUCAGGACUUCCAAGCCACCUGGAGAGCACCGAGUCGUGCACGAAGGAGGGAGCCCCCGAGAAACCCACGCCCGGUCCACCCAGAGAAGGCCAGAGCCCUGCCUCCCAAGCCAGGCCCCAGAGCCCGCACGCCCCGUCCAGCACCCGGCCCCAGAGCACAGCAGAGUUCAAGGGCUCCCUGGCCUCCCUCUUGGACAGCUUGGGAGUGCCCGCCUCGGCCACAGACCAGGACUCCUACUCAACCAGCAGCACAGAAGAGGAGCUGGAACAGCUGAGCGGCCCUGGGGGGAAGAAGAAGUCCUCGGUGAUCCUGGGCAAGGCGCGCCACCGUCUGAGCUUCGUGAGCUUCACCAAUGUCUUCCACGCGCUCCUCUCCAACAACCGCAAGCUGUCCAAGAGGGUGGUGGAACUGGCGCAGGACAAGGCCUCGUACUUCGGCAACCUGGUGCAGGACUACAAGGUGUACAGUUUGGAGAUGAUGGUGCGCCAGACCUCCAGCACAGAGAUGCUGCAGGAGAUCCGCACCAUGAUGACCCAGCUCAAGAGCUACCUGCUGCAGAGCACCGAGCUCAAGGCCCUGGUGGACCCUGCCCUGCACGCCGAGGACGAGCUGGAAGCCAUUGUGGAGUCGGCCUUGUACAAGUGUGUGUUAAAGCCCUUGAAAGAAGCCAUCAAUUCGUGCCUGCAUGAGAUCCACAGCAAGGAUGGCUCGCUGCAGCAGCUCAAGGAGAACCAGCUGGUGAUCCUGGCCACCACCACCACGGACCUGGGUGUGACUACCAGCGUGCCGGAGGUGCCCGUCAUGGAGAAGAUCCUGCAAAAGUUCACCAGCAUGCACAAGGCCUACUCGCCCGAGAAGAAGAUCGCCAUCCUGCUCAAGACCUGUAAGCUCAUCUACGACUCCAUGGCCCUCGGCAACCCAGGGAAGCCCUACGGGGCAGACGACUUCUUGCCCGUGCUCAUGUACGUGCUGGCCCGAAGCAACCUCACGGAGAUGCUCCUCAACGUGGAGUACAUGAUGGAGCUCAUGGACCCUGCCCUGCAGCUGGGGGAGGGUGAGUCACCAGCCCGGGCCUGGCUCUGGGCCACUGGGGCCCGAUGCAUGCCACCGGCCUCAGCCACACCCGGGGCACACUGCAUAGCCCAGUAA